UCAAUGGCCUCAUCUCUAUCAUCACAGCUAGCCAUGAAAGAGAGUUCACUAAGCCUUCAAGAACUUGCCAAAGUGCCUAUGCUUACCAUUCCAAAUCGCUAUAUUUGUGUUAAUCAAGAACCCACAAUUUCCUCUUCUAAGUCCAACCCAUCAAUCCCCACCAUUGAUCUCCAAGCUUUACUCAUGGAAGAAACCAAGGAUCUUGGGCUACAAAAGCUACACUCAGCUUGCAAAGAUUGGGGCAUAUUUCAGCUAGUGAAUCAUGGAGUCAACCCUUCAGUCCUGGCAAAAUUAAAGAAUGGAAUUGAAGAAUUUUACAGCCUUCCCCUGGAAGAGAAAAUGCUAUACAAAUUCAGGCCUGGUGAAGCUGAAGGCUAUGGCCAAACCAUUGUCUUCUCUGAUGAUCAAAAAGUUGACUGGGCUGAUAGGUUUUAUAUGAUCACCAACCCUAUUCACAAAAGGAAGCCUCAUCUACUUCCUAAGCUCCCUUCAUCACUCAGGGAGGCCCUAGAAGCUUACAUAUUGCAAUUGCAAGAUCUUUCAAGAACACUUCUAGGGUUUAUUGCUCAAACAUCAAAGAUUGGGAAGAGAGAAAUGGAAGAUAUGGCUGAGGAUGGGAUGCAAUCCAUGAGGAUGACAUAUUAUCCGCCGUGUCCUAAACCGGAACUGGUGACCGGGAUUACGCCGCACUCCGAUGCCACCAUGAUCACUAUCCUCCACCAGGUUAACGGCGUUGAUGGGUUGCAGGUCAAAUCUGAGGAUGGGAAUUGGAUCCCAGUGGAGUUCCACCCUGAUGCCUUUGUUGUCAAUGUGGGCGACAUUCUAGAGAUGUUUAGCAAUGGUCUAUACAAAAGUGCUGAGCAUAGAGUGAUGGUGGAUCCGACUAAAGAAAGGAUCUCCAUUGCCAUGUUUUUCAACGCAAAGCUUGAGGCUGAGAUUGGACCAGCACGCUGCUUAAUAAACGAGGAAAACCCAGCAGCUUUUAGGAGGAUGAAAAUGGAGGAAUACGUGAAAGAAUUCUUCUCUCGCAAACUGGAUGGCAAAUCCUUUCUAGAUCGAAUGAGGAUACAGAAAGUGAACGCAAAACCAGACAUUAUAGGACGAAAUUCGAUUAGCUAGCAUUGUUUUAAUUAUGUGGUUUGACUUUUCAAUUUCAAGAAUUUAUGGUUACUAUUUGUUAAUAUGUAUGUGGCUGUAUGAGAAGAAAUAAAGAACAGUGGCAUCACUGGCAUGUGGCAAGAAAUAAAGAACAGUAUUUCUGGUGAUUUAUAUUAAA